GAUGUGCCAAACUAUACUUUCUUUUGAGAAAGACUAUGAAGAAUAGUAAGCUAGAGCUUGAAGAAGAUCAUCAGAGUGGCCUGGAACUCCUCAAGGCCGUGGCACAGGCAAGGCAUGGCCAUUCUAGCAGUUCCAGGCCUGCUAAUGAAUUUGAUGCCCGGAGGCUAAAUUUCAAGAGCAUGCCCACUAGAUUCAAGCUUGAGGCCAUGAAGGAAAUCCGCAAUGCCCGCAAUGCCCAUUGGGAUUUUGGGCAAUCAUUGUGGGAUUCUUAUGAGAUUGUGACCGUGUCAAAGAGGAUAGAAGCAGGGCUAGUGUUGGAUCAUGAGUUCCCGGUGUUGGAUGAUUCGAGUAUGAGCCAUAAGAAGAACAAGGAGAGUAAGAAUAGCCUAAGAAAAUUAUUUAACCGGAUGUUUUGAAGAAGAUUUAAUGAUGCUGAUAUUCCCCGCAAAGACGGUACUUAAUUUUGAUUUUUUUUUUUUUUUUUUUUCCUGCAACUUCAUGCUCAUUGUUGUGAAUUCCAUUUCCAAACUAUUACAUCAUUGUUUUUUUUUUCCCUCUCAAAUUGUAAUUAAGAUUAAACCAGAACUUUGUUUGGAUGAAUAUUUUUUAGACAAUUCAUGAAUCUUUCUUGGUUGGAGAAA